UACUAUUAACUAACUUACUAACUAAACAAUCCACCAAAAGCAUUUAUUAUAUGAUGCAAUGUUGCGUAUAUGAAAUGUUUAUGCUUGAGUUUUAGCAUGGAGUGGAACGGAAGGUUGCUGGUCCAGUUGUUAAUGCUGAUGUGCGUGUUGGAGGUCAAUCUUUGCCAGCACUGGUCAUAUGGUUGGCUUCCUGGUGGAAAGAGAAGCCUUGGUGAAGUGGAGGCAACAUUUAGGAUGAUGGAUGCUGGCGAUGCAGUACUGUCCAUUCCUGCAGAUUCUCCAAUAGAGCGGCUUUCACCGAUACACAUAGUGAAUGAGGUGGACGCUGAAGGUUUGCCUCUGAAAGAACAGAGAUUUCCCAACAGACGAGGAAGAGUGUAAAAUCACAAAGCAUGAAGAUAAACCCUCGGAGCCAAUGAGAAUAAAUUUAAGUUUUGUUCCACGUGA